CGCGGAUUCGUGCAAAUGGCGUCACUGCCAGUAUGAGCGAGCGUAUGCCGUCUAAUAACGCGUACGGGCCUCGUCCGGGCGCGGCGCCGCGCGGCCCAGCCUGACGGCGAGCGUGAGUGUGACGAUAUUGGUCGAGAUCGAAGGAAAAUUAAUACAAGGGAUCGUUAAAUUUCGUCGUCAAGUUGCAACGGUGUGUACGUAUCAACGACGAGUGGUGACACGCAGUGAGGAGAGAGUGGCGCUACAGAGGGAUGCAGGCCGAACUGAUGUACAGAAAGCCGUUAACCAUGAUGACGACGACGCCGAGCCAGAGUUUCCAUCGUCCUGGUAUGGGGAGGAAGGAGAACAACGACAGAGACUCCCGCGAAACCAUACAUUCUGGCCACUUCAUGGUCUCUGACUUCGAGGCAGAGGCCCAGGACGACGAGGACGAGCUCGCUGUCCCUGUGCCGGACGAGGAGGCUGCCAAGGUGGCGAUCAUCGCCCCUCCUGGACUGCUCGAGAGAUUCGUCAGCAUCUCCUCCAACGACAAGAGUCCUCAGCAGCUCAGCAUUGAGACAUCCUUGAACAAGCUGUUCCAAUGCAUGUCCCUGGCGUACAGACAGAAACUGACAUCGCCCAAGUGGAAUCGGUUCAAAGGGAUCAGGCUGAGAUGGAAGGACAAGAUUAGACUGAACAACGUGAUAUGGAGGUGCUGGCACAUGCAAUUUAUAUUGAAGCAGAACACGCUGGUGUGCCAGUUCGCGUCUCCGUUGGAUGUUGAUACUCAUAAUAAACCCGAGGCGGUCGUCUUAGAGGGAAAAUAUUGGAAGCGAAAACUUGCCGCCGUCACUGCAGAGUACAAGAAAUGGCGUAUGUUCUACCGGAACAAGAUCCUUGGCUGCACGAACAAGGAUGGCACCGAGAUGAUGGAAUCGAUGGACGUAUUAGGUUGGGGCAAUGGAUUGGGAACCUCGGGCAACUUUGGAGCAGGUACAGGCAACACACACGAAGAGACCAGUGGGACUCCAGAAGGAGAGAGUAUGAUGGUUGAUGAAGAUUACAUGGACCUUAUGACUGAUACGUUAUUUUCAACAAUCAGUUCAAAUCAACCAAUAUACUUUCCCGAUCCCAGAGAAAUUGCGCGAGGAGCUAGUCUGGCGGAUUUUAUACAACCGAGCCUGGGACCGCUCCAGCCAAAUUUAGAUGAUUUUAUGGACACUCUUGAACCGUUACAAGAAUUUUUAAAUUCGAAAUUGCCCCCUGUUCCCGAGGAGGACGACAUGUUUCGAAACAGUACCUUAAACGCAAACUAUCCUGAUCUUGACCUGAUGACGCCUAUGAAUCAGAUCAACGAGUUGAGCCAAGAAUCGGCGGUAAAGAAUGAGCAAGCCUCACACCAGCCAGCGUUAGCACAGAACGAACAAGGAGGUACUAUACAGAAUCUUCAAUAUACCGCUAAAAUAUAUACUCAACCUCAACCAGAGCCAACAAAUGCGUUCAGGAAUACUAUUACUCUGGGUGAGACGUUCAGUAACAUCCAACAAAGCUAUGUACCCUCUCCAACCAGUCAACCUGUCAGGGAAAAGAGUCGACCAAGUAGAAUGUCUACAAGGACUAAUCGAGUGAUUCAGCAAUCUCAGCAACAACGAAACACGUAUCAACGAACUACACAACAAAAUUCAACGUAUCAACAAGCUUCACAGCAACCUUACGCUAUGGAGAUUCAUCCCGUUCAGCUAACACCAAUUCAAAAUCAAGUGCAAAUGACAACGUUAAAUGAUCAGUCUGUUCACGCAUCUCAAAUUUCAUCUAUUGCUGGUCAUGGUCAAAAUUUGGUGACUGUACAACAAAAUUUUGGACAAACGAAUUCUACAGUGUCGACUCAGCCCAGGAGUAUUAGACCUCUCCCACCAGUCGCACCUAUAUCAACAAAGCCGUACAAAGUCGUUCAACCGCAACCAUGUUAUAAGUUCUCCACUCUUCCGCAAAACUUUAAUGCGCAGCAAUGUAAAUUCAACACCAAUAAUUUCAAGACACACCCACCACAACAAGUCGUAUCGGUUUCUGCGGAACAACCGUCGCAACCGUCGAUACUGUUACAGUGCAGACCCUCCGGUUUGGAUCUCACCACGCCAACCGUACAACCCACAAAAUUGUUACCGCAACCUACCGUGUCGAAUUCGGAGAAAGAGGAAGUUUUUGCUGUACCCAAGUUUCAGAUGAAAGUAAAGAAUAGAUCUCGAAGUAGUUCGUCGUUAACUGCACCAAGAAUGCACCCAGCACCAUUAGUAUCAGCGGCGAGCGAUCCUGCUCUAAAUCUAAAUAACAAUGUUUUGCUCGCACAGUUACUCACAAAUAACACAUCUGGUGUACACACAAUGAAUAUGCCGGCUGAUAAUAUAAUGCCGACAGUGAACCAAACAACCACUACUAUGAAACACAUCUUACCUAUGCUUCCACCUUCAGCUUCGCCUUCGCAGGUGACGACCACUCACCAUAUUACUGCACCGGUCACUGUCCAAACUAUGCAAACCUCAACAGUGCAAGUGCAACCACAACAGCAGGCAAUGCAGCAGAGUACUUGCGGCCAACAAAUGUUAUUAAAUACGAACACCCAAGCGCAUCAGCCACAAAAUAGUCCCGGGUCACCGAAGGAUAGUUCUAACGCGCACAGUCCUCAAGGGUUAAGUCUCAGUCCUUUGCAUAGCCCUAUGAGUAUAGGGAGCCCAUUGUCACCGAGUCGUGGUUACAUAAAGGGUGAAACAGAACGGGGACAAUAUAAAGAACAAAGGAGAGUCGGGCACAUUCACGCAGAACAAAAGCGUAGAUACAAUAUUAAAAAUGGAUUUGAUACGUUGCAUAGCUUAAUACCGCAGCUUAGUCAAAAUCCGAAUACGAAAAUGAGCAAAGCUGCUAUGCUGCAAAAAGGAGCAGAUUAUAUUAGGCAGUUAAGGACAGAGCGGAAUCAGUUGAAAGAGGAGAUGGAUAGUUUAAAGCAUCAAAUCGAGUGCCUUAAUACGUCGAUUAGUAAUUGUCAAUCUAUGCUUCCCGCAACGGGUGCUCCAAUUUCUAGACACAGAACUAGUAAAAUGAAGGAGAUGUUCGACGAAUAUGUACGCGCACGUACACGGGAGAAUUGGAAAUUUUGGAUUUUCAGUAUAUUACUGGAACCUCUGAUGAUUUCUUUCAAUACCUCGGUAUCAACCGCGAGUAUCGAAGAUCUAUGCAGAAGUACAAUAUUGUGGGUUGAGCAACAUUGUUCACUCGUCGAUCUCAGACCAGCCGUUCUGAACUCCCUAAGAUAUCUGUCUACUGCCACUGAUAUUCUAUCAGAUCCUGGUCGCCUACCCGAAGAAGCACUCGCAGCAGUCAAUCAUACGGAACGGCGACGAUCAACUCAGUGACCAAUUAUAAUAUGCGAAUUCGUCGUGAAACGUGAUUUGUUUAUACGUUUAAAGGAACGAGCGAAAGAAAAGCAGUUACCGUAGCAGUAAGCCAAUUUCGGAGAGAAACUACGU